AGCAGCGCGCAGCCACCCUCGCCGGCGCAGGAGGAGAGAGCGAUCGUGCCUAGCCCGCCGGGAAGAUGCCGAAGACGAUCAGUGUGCGUGUUACCACCAUGGAUGCUGAGCUGGAGUUUGCUAUCCAGCCCAACACUACAGGGAAGCAACUCUUCGAUCAGGUUGUGAAGACAAUUGGCCUAAGAGAGGUUUGGUUCUUUGGACUUCAGUAUCAGGACACCAAGGGCUUCUCAACCUGGCUGAAACUGAACAAAAAGGUGACGGCACAGGAUGUGCGCAAGGAGAGUCCCCUGCUCUUCAAAUUCCGAGCCAAGUUCUACCCAGAGGAUGUGGCAGAGGAGCUGAUCCAGGACAUCACGCAGCGUCUCUUCUUCCUCCAAGUGAAGGAGGCAAUUCUGAACGAUGACAUUUAUUGCCCUCCAGAGACAGCUGUCCUCCUGGCUUCUUAUGCUGUCCAGUCAAAAUACGGCGACUUUAACAAAGAGGUGCACAAGGCUGGCUACCUUGCUAAUGACAAACUGCUCCCACAGAGAGUUCUAGAGCAGCACAAACUCAACAAGGACCAGUGGGAGGAGAGGAUCCAAGUGUGGCAUGAAGAACAUCGAGGAAUGAUUAGGGAAGAUGCUGUCUUGGAGUACCUGAAAAUUGCACAGGAUCUGGAAAUGUAUGGUGUGAACUACUUCAGCAUUAAGAACAAGAAGGGCUCUGAACUAUGGCUAGGUGUAGAUGCUCUUGGACUCAACAUUUAUGAGCAGAAUGACAGGCUAACACCGAAAAUUGGAUUCCCCUGGAGUGAGAUCAGAAAUAUCUCAUUUAAUGACAAGAAGUUUGUUAUCAAGCCUAUUGACAAGAAAGCACCAGACUUUGUAUUCUAUGCACCUCGGUUACGGAUUAACAAGCGAAUCCUGGCACUUUGCAUGGGGAACCAUGAACUCUAUAUGCGCAGGCGUAAACCAGAUACCAUUGAGGUGCAGCAGAUGAAGGCACAGGCUCGUGAGGAGAAGCAUCAGAAACAGAUGGAGAGAGCCCUGCUGGAGAAUGAGAAGAAGAAGAGGGAGUUGGCAGAAAAGGAGAAGGAGAAGAUUGAACGUGAGAAGGAGGAGUUAAUGGAGAGACUCAAGCAAAUUGAGGAGCAAACCAAGAAAGCUCAGCAAGAACUGGAAGAACAGACUCGCAGGGCAAUGGAGCUGGAGCAGGAGAGGAAACGAGCUCAGGAGGAAGCAGAGAAACUGGCUAAAGAACGUCGAGAAGCAGAAGAGGCAAAGGAGGCCCUCCUGAAAGCAUCCCAUGAUCAGCAAAAGACCCAGGAACAACUGGCUGCUGAGAUGGCAGAACUCACAGCAAGGAUCACGCAGCUGGAGCUGGCCAGGCAGAAGAAGGAGAGUGAGGCCCAGGAGUGGCAACAGAAGGCACAGAUGGUGCAGGAAGACCUUGAAAAGACCAAAGAGGAGUUGAAGACUGCUAUGAGCACUCCCCACGUCACUGAGCCCAUGCACUCUGAGAAUGAGCAUGAUGAUGAGCAGGAUGAGAAUGCUGCAGAAGCCAGUGCAGAGCUGCGGUCAGAGGCCACUAUCAAGGACCGCAGUGAGGAGGAGCGCACCACUGAGGCAGAGAAGAACGAACGAGUCCAGAAACACUUGAAGGCUCUUUCCUCGGAGCUGGCAAAUGCUCGAGAUGAAACCAAGAAGACAGCCAAUGACAUGAUCCAUGCUGAGAACAUGCGACUGGGCCGAGACAAGUACAAGACCCUCCGCCAGAUUCGGCAGGGCAACACCAAGCAGCGCAUUGAUGAGUUUGAGUCCAUGUAAACUCUCCCCUGCACUGGCCGCCCUGCACUCUUCUCCCCGUUCUCCCUUCUUCACCCAUCACUCGCUCAUAAUCGUGCUGUGCUGGAACCACUACAGAAGAGUGACCAUGGUCUUAUUUAUAGAGUUUUGGGCAAGUGCUGCAAUUCAGCAACAGAGGAAAACCAACUGCAUCUUCCUGGGGGUGGCUGGGGAAAGCAAACUUGUGUUCUUUGGGGGGAAAAUUUGAAAUUGCUUGGCUUUGGGUGAAGUCUCACUGCAUUUAGUAUUGUAUCGCUUGUUGAAGUAGCUGCCUUGCUAUUUUCUGCCACUGGGUAAAGAGGCCACCAGUUACUUUGACUGAUUAACUUGGAGUAAACUGCUACAGUUUGACACCGUGCCUUCCUACUAACUUGUGCAAAGUUCAAUAUUAAGCUUAAUGGCCAGAGUCUGUAUUUCUGCCUUCGUAUAAAGUCUGACUCAUGUAGUUGAGAAGGGGAAGCAGGAGAUAAGGAGUAAGAGUUGGUGAUAUAAUACAGACUUUCUUCUAAAAGACCAAAGCUUUUGACCUUAAAACUUAAGCGGGCGAAAUAGCUCAACAGUGGUGUUAAUAAUGUCUUUUAUGACACCUGAUGGUAUUAGCUGUUCUUUUUUUAAAUGAUGAAAUUUUGAGUUUCCUAAUCAUGUGGAGACCUUUGGAAUAUUUCCACUAAAGUGUGUUUUGGACCAUCAACUUCCUGUUUUCCAGAAGAAGUGUUUUCCUCUGGGUAAAUUGCUUUGUUUACUGUUACUUGUCUGACUUGAAUGUAACCAGUGAAGCAGAAGUAGCUAAAGAACAUUGCCUUCCAUUUUGGGGUCACCAGUGGAAACCUAGAGGGAUAGGCAGAAAUGCAAAGAACUAAAACUUGCUGCAGUUGUGUUUUCCCCUCUGGUUGUGGAAUGAGAUUUCAGGUGUCCAGAAGAGGCCUUGUUAACACGUAGUCAUCUGUGCCUUAUGACUGUGUAUAGAUCUACUAUGGGUCAGUUGUCUUCACUUAAGCUAGCUAUAAUUAUAAAAAGUAAUGAGAAGCUGGGGACCAAAAAUUACUUUUGUGCUUGGGUGAUGUACAAGUCUGAAUCUGUCUUCCCAGCUUCCUAGCAUCAGAGGGGAAUGGACCACACCCUCACUAGCAUUCUGCAAAGUCACUAGCGUCCUGCUAGGCUCCUUCACAGAUAAAUAAAUCCCAGUGACUUGUCCUGAGAACAGGCUGUGACACUUACCAGUGCCCUUGACACCCUGUCUUCCAAGCUUUCCAUUCCUGUCUGUGCUGUAGCUGCUCAGACUCCUUUCCUCCAUUUCUGGGGAAGGAACAGCCAUAUAUUCUCAGGGGUGAAUGGAUUUUUGCCUUGAUCCUUCAUAGAAGGAAAUCUCCAACUUUACGAGAGGCUUCUUACAAAGGGAGUCAGUCCAUCUCAAAUGGAGUUCUCCUUUGCUUGCUUUGGAUUAGCCUGUCUCUACAGGAAAUCAUCAAGUUAGCAUAUAACAUAAUUUCUUGCCUAGCAUCAUCUUAAAUCUUUAAAACAUUCUUGGUUUUGUGGAUGCCUCUCUUGUGUCUCCACCCUAUGGAAAAGGUAAAGGACAGUGUGCCAAAAAGAAAUGUUCAUGUCAGUGUUAAUAAACUGCAGUAUUUCCUCAAUAAUUCCUUGGGCUGGUAUCAGUGACCUCACCAGUGCUUUUUUUUUUCUCUCUCUCUCUCUCUCUCUCUCUUUUGAAUCAGUACAAGUCUCUGUGGAGAUGCCAACCAACUAAAACCUCUUUCUGGUGGGAGCAUCGCUCUAUGCUCCUACUAUGCAUCCAUCAGAGUCACUUGGGAGCCCCCUACUCUGCCCUGGACGCAGCGUGUCUUUGGCGAGGGGACGCGGGAAGCAUUUGGCCAAAAACACAUGCCUCAGUGCUUCGAAUGUCACCAGUGAAAGACUGCAGUUAUGUGUGUCAGAAC